AUGCUGGAGCGCCUUCUGGAGAUACCCUUCCUGGAGGCAAAUCCUGUGCCAGACAGGGAGCGAACCUCUGGCUUUGCAUCCUGGGCUUUGAGUUGCAAUUCUUCGAGCCAAACGGCAGAAGGCACUAUUCUGCUUCGCAGCGGUCAUCAGGGUGCUGCUGCAUGUGCCACACUUGACACGGAGGAUGGCACAAACAGGUCAGUGGAGCCCCUUGUCCCAUUGGCGCUCAGUACUUACAGCCGAGCACUCGACUGUGAAAUUCAGGCGUGGAUGGCGUGGAUGGCGUGGUGUGGUUCCAUUGAUUCCGCAUGA